AUGGCGCCCCAGGAGUCGAACGAAGAAGCCAUGCGGCGCUUGAUCGCCAAGGGCAAAGGACGCGAUUCUCACCAAAGGCACGGGAACGCAGGCAAGGGCAAAGGCGGCAAAGGUGUGAAAGGCGGAUGCCCUCCCAGCAGUGAUGAGAUCCCGGAAGCUCGGCGUGAGGAGUUGCGCGCGGAACUGGAGGAGUUCGUCGCCUCCGAGUCGAAGCAACUGCAGAUGCCCACGAGCAUCACGGGUUUGGAGCGCAAGUUCCUCCAUGAACAGGCUGAACUGCGCUCCCUGACGACUCAAUCCUUUGGGCAGGGCCGCGAGCGAUACCUCUGUAUUUUCAAGCAGGAACAGGCGGUCAUUGAGGAGGCAGCUCCGGCCAGUGCUGCUGUUGGGAAGGUGUCCUACUCUGCAGUCUUCUUGGACGAAGAAAGCCGGAAGAAGCUCUUCGACUUUUGCGGCAGGACCAUCGCAGGAGGCAUCCCAGCGCGGUGGAAGAUGUAUGGGGAUCAUAUGACCAUUUGCCUGGGCCCUUUGUCGGAUCCCACCACCGAAGACUUCCGCUCCGUGGCGGAGACUGUUCAGAAGCAGAUCAGUCGCUAUCAGGAGCAACAGCGCUUUGAGCUCCAAGUGGUCUCGUUGGGCCACAAUGAUGACGCCAUUGCCGUGGGGGUCAUCGGGUGCACCUCGUGCAACCGGAAUCCUCACAUCACGGUGGCCACUGCGCCCCAGAUCCCACCGAAUGCCAGCAACAUGAUCAAAAAGUGGACGAUGCUUCCCUCCACUGAGCAGCUGACCCUGGUGGGGCACCUCAAACAGCUGGGCGCUGGAGAUGCGCGCGCGCAGCGCGCCGCGCCUGCUGCGGCCGCUGGCGCUCCGGAAGCGGAGCCGGCAGCUGAAGUGGAAGCUGAAGUGACAGAGGAGUCCUUUGCCUCCCACAGUUGGCAUGGACGGCGCUUUAAGCUGGGCUGUGUGGACGGGUCCGACGCUGUCGAUUGGUUCGGGGUUGGGCCGCCGCCAGGGUAUUCUACGAGAGGUGAUUUGCUUGACAGAGAGGACGUCCCAGAUUCGCAAGCGUUGAUGUUGGGCUUCUCCAAAGAAGAGGCGCCCACGUUUAUUUUCGAGGAGCUGGGCCAAACCAAAGGAGGAGACGUGGUGAAUCCUCUCACGUUGCCAGGUGGAGUCACAGUACCACAAGCCUACGUCUACACCUUCCGCCUGGCUGAGGGUCCGCCCUGCUACGUCAGCGAACACGACGAGGGCCCUGGGCCCGAAUACUUCGUCGCCGACCUCGCUCCAUCGCACUCGCGCUUUGCCUUUUUACCGCUGGAGGGCAACACACGAAGCCCCAAGACGAAGGUUUCGGGUGCGGAGAAGGAUGAGAAGGACUGUUGCUAUGGUAUGUACCACAUGGAGAAGAAACAGGGCCAGGACUACUACACGUAUUGGAUGGAUGGAGAUUAUCCCGUCUACAUCAUCACGGAUCAGCUUUGCCGUGCCAGUGAUGAGUGCUAUCCACCUACACGUUACAAGGUUUGGUGGGACCCGGAGUUUGUGCUGCGGGUCAUCGAGGUGGACAUCGAAAGUGACGAGGGGACGUCCGCCUGGCGCCUAGUCGCACGGAGCCUGGCGGGCGACGUGGUGGCCGAGCUGAAGGUGCGGCGGAAGACGAAGCUUGGGGAGCUGAGAGCGCAGCUUCGGGAGGCGAUGCCAGCGAGCAGUGUUCAUGCGACCAUCUCCCUGGUGAAUGCCAAAAGCAAGUCUCCUUGCCACCCAGACUCUGCCGGGUUCUCGCUGAGAAAAGAUGAGCACGGCAGCAAGCUUCCACCUGCCAGUCCCAUCUGCACGACCGCUGCCUGGUGUCCCCUUCCCGACGCGGCGAGCAUCGUUGGCGUGGGCACGGUGCUGUGGCGACGGGAACCCUCGCAACGUAUGGGUGGCAGAGGUAAGGGCGGUGCCCGCUCCAAGGGCGGCUCCAAGGGAGGCUCCGGUGGGAAGGGACCCCAGAAGCCUACGGAUGACCCGAGCUUCGUCCGUUGGUCCAAAGGGAUGCGCUUGGACGGCUCCCCACGAGGGGUCACCUACAUUGUGGAGGACUAUGUUGCCAGUGGCUCCUUCAGCCGUGUCUUCCGCGUGCGGGUUGAGACGACCCCGCGAACCGUGGCGCGAAGUCUCGAGGGGGCAAGAAACCGCUGGACGAAGAGCCGUGGGGAGGUCUUUGCGGCCAAAGUCAUGCGCAAGGAGGAUUCCUACAUCCAGUACACCUCCAAUGGCCCCAAAGAGGGUGAGCUCUUACAGCGCUUGGAGUCACAACAACGUGAAGCAGGCUUGGAGCCUCUGACCAUGCGCUGUGUGGACUCCUUUCCCACCAAAGACGAUGUGGGUCAGGAGUAUUGGUGUUUGAUCCUGGAAUGGCUGGAUGCCUCCCUUUUUGACCUGGUGCGCAGCAACGGGAACCGAGGGCUCCAUCUUUCGAUGGUCCGAACCCUGCUGAGGCAGCUUUUAGAACAAUUGAAAGUGCUGCAGGACCUGGACUGCACGCACACGGAUAUCAAGCACAAGAACUGCUGUUUGGUCAGCACCGAACACUACAUGGCGCCCUCUUCGGAUGGGGCCACGAUGAUCUUGAGUGACCCGAUGGCCAAGUUCAUCGAUUACGGCAACGCCGUGUUUGAAGGCGCUCCCAAGCCACAUCCCAUCCACACCAAGCAGUUCCGUGCGCCCGAAGUGCUGCUCAAGGUCCACGGAGGUUGGGGCCCCGCCAGCGAUACCUGGACAUUGGGCGUCACCGGCUGCUUCCUGGUCUCCGGGCAGCUGAUCUUCAACUCCCACGACCCGCAGGAACUCUUGCGGCUCAUGGGCCAAGCCUGUGGAGCCUUCCCUCCUAGGCUGUUGCUGGCAGCAGAGGAUGCCCGCAUGCGCCGCUGUGCAGAGAACAUUCAGGCGCCUCGCCAGCCGCAACUGGCCAGCUGGUUGAACCUGGACCGGAAAGGUCCAGCUGAAGCAGCCUGCGCGGAUCUUCUGUUGAACAUGUUGGCGUUGGACCCUUCGGAACGGAUUAGUGCGUCCGAUGCCUUGUGCCAUCCCUUUCUGGCCGAAAAUGGCGAGGGAGCCAAGGUGCCUGUGCCACCACAGGGCCAACUCCCACUGCGGAGGCUUUAA